AUGCUCCGCUUAGUGACUUUGUUUAGUUGUGGAGUCUCAGGGGGCGGGAAGACAAUGCCUGCCAAUUGGCUGUGGGAAGUUGUUUGGCCAGCUCCAAAGACCACACUCUGGGUGAAGCCCAAAAAAUCCCAAGUUGAGCUGAACAUGGCUGUGGAUCAUGGCCUUGAACUGCAACGAGAGGAAGCAGAAUGCCCCAGCCGUAGGAGAGUAGUAGGGGAUGAGGUAGAGCUGACUAAGCCAUGUGGGAAGGAAUCGUACCCAGGAAGGAAAGGUGUCCCCUUGGCAGGGUUGAUUCCAGCGUUUGAAAUCUGUUUGAGGGGUCUGUACCCUCUGAAUAGAUUAAGGUUUGUAACUGGGUUCCAACCAGGGACUCCAUCAAAGUCGAACCCUUACAAGACUUGGCAUCCUGGCAAAGGACCCUAG